GGAAGCUGGAGGGGCUCUCGGGCGAAGCUGGGAUCGGCGGGGCCGCUCGGAGCGGAGCCCCAGCGCCACACGGCAAAUAUCUAGAUGAGUUGAUGUACCUCCUGGAAGACCUCUGUGUACCCCCAGGGGUAUGGAUACCUCUGGUUGAGAACCGCUGCCUUUGAAUAGGGCAGAUCGUCCCUGGCUCUCCCUUGCAUGUGGUAGACUGAGCCAGAGUCCCUGCAGCAGCCGGGCAGAGGGAGGGCUGAGCCGGGAGCCCCCGGAGGAGGAGAGGAGGCUUCAGGGAGAGCUCCCUUCCCACCCACCCCCCGCACUGCUGUACGCUGAGCAGACCCAGCAUGGAAGCCAUCGCCAAAUACGAUUUCAAAGCCACUGCAGACGAUGAGCUGAGCUUCAAACGGGGGGAUGUCCUCAAGGUUUUGAAUGAAGAAUGCGAUCAGAACUGGUACAAGGCAGAACUCAAUGGGAAGGAUGGCUUCAUUCCCAAGAACUACAUAGAAAUGAAACCACAUCCAUGGUUUUUUGGGAAAAUCCCCCGAGCAAAGGCUGAGGAGAUGUUAGGCAAACAGAGACACGAUGGUGCCUUUCUCAUCAGGGAGAGUGAGAGUGCUCCUGGGGACUUCUCUCUCUCAGUCAAGUUUGGAAAUGAUGUGCAGCACUUCAAGGUGCUCCGAGAUGGGGCUGGCAAGUAUUUCCUCUGGGUGGUGAAGUUCAAUUCUCUGAACGAGCUGGUAGAUUAUCACAGAUCCACUUCUGUCUCCAGGAACCAGCAGAUAUUUCUUCGGGACAUUGAGCAGGUGCCACAGCAACCCACAUACGUUCAGGCCCUUUUCGAUUUCGACCCCCAGGAGGAAGGUGAACUCGGCUUCCGCCGUGGAGACUUUAUCCAGGUCCUCGACAAUUCUGAUCCCAACUGGUGGAAAGGAGCCUGUCACGGACAGACGGGCAUGUUUCCACGCAACUACGUGACCCCAGUGAACCGGAACAUCUAGAGAUAAAUAUUAGAGAUUAUUUAAAGAAACCAGAGAAACAGUAAAUACACAUACAGAGUCUAACUACAGCCAGUGAUCUAAAAUCACAAGAUGGUAAAACCUGAAUCACUUCUUACCACAAAGUGAUCUUCCUUCACUCAGUAUGGAACUUUGGGGGCGGGAGGGAGAAUUCAACUUACAUGCCAAAAUUUACCUUUAAAUUAAAAAAAUUAACAGAUUUCCUCAGCUGCUCCUGGGUUGUCCUUUUCAUUCACUCUUCCUUUUCCCCCUUCCUCUGUCCAUCAGUGCAUGAAGUUUUAAUGCCAUAUAAAGUCCUAGCCAUGCUGAUAAAGGAAAAGGGAGAAACUCUGCUGGUAUUUUCUCUCUAUGCAAACAGUCUUCAUUUGACAUGGAGGGACUUGAGAGAAGAACCAAAUCCACUGUCCUGCCUUUAAAAAAACAAAACUGCUUUUUGCCUUCAACAUUCAGCUCUUUUUGGUUGGGAAAAGAUGGUGUUUUCUUUAUUUUUCCUUCUCCUUAGCCACUCUCCCCUCUGAGGCUCAGUAGCUUCAUAGCAGAGUGAAGGAGACAAACUUUUUUUCACAAGUCAUAGAGCUGCUCUGAGAAAUUCCAAACUACAAUCAGUCUGUUCUCUUUUAUUUUGGUGACAGCUUUUUUUCUUCAAGGUGUACGGUUGAGCACAGUCUGUAAUUUUUUUCCAUAGUGCCUUUUCCCUUAUUUCCUUUUUUUAUUAUUUUUAAGUUAAAAGGACAGUCCAGAGGUUUUUUUCUUUAUACGUGUAAAUAUUUUUAGGGGGGGAGAAGGGGUAGUUUUAUCAAUGAAUAUAAAAAGACAUCUACAAAAAAGAUGGAGCUUUAAUAUUUGUAUUACCGUCUGACUUUCUUUAUUCCAAGGAAAAAUACAAGGCAUAUACAGUGUUGUAAGUGGCAGCACAGGCUGCUCAGAGGUGGGGAGCUGCAGCCAGGAGCCUCAGGAAAAAGGGGAGAGAAGGAUUGCCUCAUAGAAUCAUAGAAAUGUAGGAUUGGAAAGGACGUCAAUAGGUCAUCUAGUCCAGUCCCCUGCACUGAGCCAGGACUAAGUAUUAUGGGAAACGGGCAAACGUAUUUGGGGGUGAAGGUGGGCGAUGUUCUAUCAAAGUACCAUGGUGGGAGAGAAUAGUGCUGAGGUGUCCGACGAAAUGUACAUUCCUCUUGACAGGAAGCUUUAUAUUACAGGGAAACCUCAAGAAAUAGUACUUGAGUACACUUCAAGGUAUUAGUGAAUGUCCAUACAUACCCAUGUAAUCAAGAGUCUGGCUCCCUUUAGGCUGGGGUAGGGAAUAUUUGCAAUCAUGUCUUGUUCUUGAAAAGAGGGGGUGGCAUCACUGUUCUCCACUUUCUCCCUACCCCCUCCUCCUCAUGCCAGUGUUACACAAUUUAAGAAGUUGAUUCUUACUUUUCAAUCCCGGUUCACAGCAGGCUGUGUGGUGACUGCAUUCCCCCUUCCCUCACCACAGUGGCAUUCGUUAAUGCCAUCAGCCCCUCUGCCAGAGCAGUUUGACAUUGAUUUGGACAAAAAGGAGAUAAAUCAAACUGCAGAGCUUUGUGCCAAUCUUCAGUUAUAUUGUUUCCUCUUGGCAGCCCUGUGGCUGAACCCUUCACCCCAACGAUGAACCCCAAAACUGCAACAGAGAUCUCCUGCCCAAGCGGAGACGUUCCUGUAUUGGCGGGUGCCUUUUUUGUACUAAGUGUUACAAAUGUUUUAUUCCUGAGAUGGACUCUGCCUUACACUUCAUUUCUCCAGCAGAUGAAAGAGAGAGCUACCCUGUAGAGUAUUACUUUCUCUCCCUGUCCUUGCUAGCUGUCAUUCACUUUGUCUUCUUUCUAAAAAUGAUUGGAAAAGGAAUCUAUGGCAUUCUACACCUGGACCAUUUGAUUGUUUCCUUAUUUUGAAAUUGGUGUAUAUCAUACAGCCUUAUGUCUUGUGUGUACAUAUAUUAAAAAAAAUCAGUGUUUAAAUAAAAAGGCCUAUGUACUUAAUCCUUUAACUCUGCAGCAGCAUUUGGUAGAUAGUAAUUAACUGUGAAUAAUAAAUAUACAAUGAAUUCU